UCCGCUGAACUGAAAGGAGCUGAAGCAGCAGGACAACAGCAGGGCGCCAGUAGGUGGGUUUCCCCUGGACUGCAGCACAGACGCACGCUGACGUGGAGACAUGCCUCUGAGGUUGGAGAUCCAGCGGAGGCUGACCGCUCGCUCAGAGAGAGUGAAGAGCGCCGACCUGCACCCCACUGAGCCUUGGAUGGUGCUCAGCCUCUACAGCGGCGCCGUUGUCGUCUGGAACCAUGAGACACAGGCAAUUGUGAAAUCGUUUGAGCUGUGCGAUCUGCCUGUUAGAGUGACCAAGUUUGUGGCCAGGAAACACUGGAUCAUUGCUGGAGCAGAUGACAUGCAGAUCCGUGUGUUCAACUACAACACGCUAGACAAGGUCUGCAUGUUUGAAGCCCACUGCGACUACAUCCGCUCUGUCGCUGUGCACCCCACGCAGCCAUUUGUCCUCACCAGCAGUGACGACAUGCUGAUCAAACUGUGGGACUGGGACAGAAAGUGGACGUGCUGCCAAGUGUUUGAAGGACACGCACACUACAUCAUGCAGGUCGUCUUCAACCCUAAAGACAACAACCAGUUUGCCAGUGCUUCUCUGGACAGAACUAUUAAGGUGUGGCAGUUGGGCUCCAAGACUCCCAAUUUCACUCUUGAGGGUCACGAGAAGGGAGUGAACUGCAUUGAUUACUACAGAGGAGGAGACAAGCCCUACCUUAUAUCAGGAGCCGACGAUCACCUUGUGAAGAUCUGGGAUUAUCAGAACAAAACAUGUGUUCAGACCCUGGAGGGCCAUGCACAGAAUGUGACUUGUGUCUGCUUCCACCCCGAACUGCCCGUCAUUCUCACAGGCUCUGAGGACGGCACCGUCAGAGUUUGGCACUCCAACACUUACCGACUCGAAAACACACUUAAUUACGGGAUGGAGCGGGUGUGGUGUAUAAGUGGACAGCAUGGCUCCAACAACGUGGCUCUGGGCUAUGACGAAGGCAGCAUCCUCAUUAAGCUGGGUCGCGAGGAGCCGGCCAUGUCCAUGGACUCUGGUGGGAAAAUUAUUUGGGCUCGUCACUCUGAGGUGCAGCAGGCCAACCUUAAGGUGCUGGGAGAGGCUGAGAUUCAGGACGGAGAGAAGCUCCCACUUGGUGUCAAAGACAUGGGCAGCUGUGAAGUUUACCCACAAACCAUCCAGCACAGCCCCAAUGGAAG